AUGUCUGAUUCAGAGGAUAAUCAUGGCGGCGUACCACUCGUCGAGCAGUUCUCCGACUCUGGUACUCCUCCACCACAAAGCCUCACCAAGCGAAAACGAGAAGAUGAAGAUGCAAAACCGGAGAGCAAACGAGCAGCGAAGAAGCGAAAGCAGACCAAGAAGCCGAAGGAUGUGGACGACGAAGCUCUCGAUCUGCAGCUAGGCGUCAAUCAUGCGAUCGCGCACAUGGACAGCAGACUUCUUGCCGACCACUUGGCGCAAAGAACGAAGAGAUUUCAACCAGAUCUGAGCUCAGUUGAAGCAGAAGACAUUCACAUCACAGAACGAGCGAUCAAAGACACGAGCACUUUCAAGAAAUCAAGAGCGACGGAGAAUCUGGCCGACUACGUGGAGCUCUAUGCCGCGCCUCGGAGGAAGAAGAAGAAAGGUCCCAGGCUGUCAGAAGCGUCCGAGGAGAAAGGCAGCCCGCAUACUUUGGUGGUAGCUGGGGCAGGGCUGAGAGCAGCAGAUCUGACUCGUGCGUUGCGGAGAUUUCAGACGAAGGAUUGCAUGGUGACGAAGCUGUUCGCGAAGCACAUCAAGAUGAAGGAGGCGGUCGAGAUGGUGCAGAAGUCGAGGAUGGGGAUUGGGGUGGGGACGCCGCAGAGGAUUAUCGAUCUGCUGGAUGAUGGAACAUUGAAGGUGGAUGGGCUGGAGAGGAUUGUGGUUGAUGCUUCGCAUAUUGAUCAGAAGAAGAGGGGGGUGCUUGAUAUGAAGGAGACGCAGGGUCCAGUGGUGCAACUGCUGGCGAGGGCGGAAUUCAAGGAGCGGUAUGGGGUGGAAGGUGGCGAGGCGAUUGAGCUGCUAUUCUUUUGA